GCGAUAUCUUUUUUCAUCUAUUUCUUUUAUUUCAUCGCGCAGCGAAACUACAGAGCGUGCUUCGAGUCUUCGUUCUCGUCGUUGUUCCCUUUGCGUUCAGCGAUUUCGAUCUUCUCUCGCUCUGAAAGGAAGUCUCAAUCUGGAAACCUAAUCGAGUUCUUCAUCUCCAUCUUCUGGUGCUCUUGCGAUGCAUCGUGUAGGCAGUGCUGGCAACACUUCGAAUUCAACUCGUCCUCGGAAAGAGAAACGCAUAACAUAUGUUCUGAAUGAUUCAGACAAUACCAAGCAUUGUGCAGGUGUUAAUUGUCUAGCUGUCUUAAAGUCUCCAUCUGAUAGCUGUGAUUAUCUUUUCACUGGAAGCAGAGAUGGGACAUUGAAAAGGUGGUCUUUGGGUGAGGAUGAAGCUAGUUGUUCUGGAACUUUUGAGUCUCAUAUUGACUGGGUGAAUGAUGUGGUUCUUGCUGGUAACACUCUUGUGUCAUGUUCUUCUGACACAACCCUUAAGACAUGGAAUUGCUUGUCUGGUGGCACUUGUACAAGAACACUUCGCCAACAUUCGGACUAUGUUAUUUGUCUUGCUGCAGCAGAAAAAAAUAGCAAUAUCAUUGCCUCUGGGGGCCUUGGUGGAGAAGUCUUCAUAUGGGACAUUGAAGCUGCAUUUUCUCCAAUUGCUAAAUCUGCUGACCUAGUGGAAGAUGAAAGUUCAAAUGGUAUUAUUAGUUCAGGUAACUCUGGCAUGCCUAUAACAAGCCUUCGCUCAAUUAAUUCAAACAACAUCGUCUCUGCGCAAAGCUCUAUAUCACAUGGAUAUAGUCCAAUUGCUGCAAAAGGCCAUAAGGAGUCAGUGUAUGCUCUGGCCAUGAGUGAUAAUGGAUCAUUGCUUGUGUCUGGUGGAACAGAGAAGGUCAUCCGAGUUUGGGAUCCAAGAACUGGUUCAAAGAACAUGAAGUUAAGAGGUCACACUGAUAACAUCAGGGCUUUGCUUCUGGAUUCUACUGGCAGGUAUUGCUUGUCUGGUUCAUCUGAUUCAAUGAUUCGUUUAUGGGAUCUUGGUCAGCAGCGCUGUGUGCAUUCUUAUGCAGUGCACACGGACUCUGUUUGGGCACUUGCCAGCACUCCUACAUUCAGCCAUGUUUACAGUGGAGGAAGGGAUCUUUCGUUGUACCUGACUGACUUGUCAACCAGAGAGAGCAUCUUACUUUGCACAAAAGAACACCCAAUUUUGCAAAUGGCCUUGCAAGAUGAUAGCAUAUGGGUUGCAACAACAGAUUCUUCUGUGCACAGGUGGCCUGCUGAAGGACGUAAUCCUCAAAAAGCUUUCCAAAAAGGUGGUUCAUUCUUAGCGGGAAAUUUAUCCUUCACAAGAGCAAGGGCGUGCUUGGAAGGGUCUACUCCUGUUCCAGUGUACAGAGAACCAUCACUUACUAUUCCUGGAAUUCCUGGAAUAGUACAACAUGAGAUUCUGAAUAACAGAAGACAGGUCCUGACAAAGGACACAGAUGGUUCGGUGAAACUGUGGGAGAUAACCAAGGGAGUUGUUGUUCAGGACUAUGGUCAGGUUUCUUUUGAAGAGAAGAAAGAAGAACUUUUUGAGACGGUGAGCAUUCCUGCAUGGUUUACAAUGGAUACUCGACUUGGGAGCUUGUCUGUCCACUUGGAUACACCUCAAUGCUUUUCUGCUGAAAUGUAUGCUGUAGACUUGCAUGUUUCAGGGGCAUCUGAGGAUCAGAAGAUCAACUUAGCUCAGGAGACUCUUCGUGGUUUAUUGGCACAUUGGCUGGCUAAAAGAAGGCAAAGGCCUGGGUCACAUGCUUCAGCUAAUGGUGACGUUCCAUCAGGGAAGGAUGCCUCUGUUAGAAAUCUUCCUCACACUAGAUUAGAUGUUGAUGAUGUAGGUGAAAACCACAAUUUGGUGCUUCCUGCAUUUGAGUUUUCGACAGUAUCACCUCCCUCCAUCAUUACAGAAGGCUCACAAGGAGGUCCUUGGAGGAAAAAGAUUACAGAUUUAGAAGGGACUGAAGAUGAGAAAGAUAUCCCAUGGUGGUGUCUAGAUUGUGUUUUAAAUGGUCGAAUGCCCCCUAGAGAAAACACUAAGUGUAGCUUUUACUUGCAUCCAUGCGAAGGUUCAAACGCUCAAGUACUUACACAAGGAAAACUCAGUGCACCUCGUAUAUUGCGGAUACACAAAGUGGUUAACUAUGUCAUGGAUAAAUUGGUUCCUGACAAACCAUUAGAUAGCGGGAGUACAGAUGGAACAUUUGGACUAGGACUUGGUGGUGGACCAAUGCCAUUUUCUUCUAUUGAUGAUGGCUCUUUCCAUUCGGGAUUAAAGUCCUGGCAAAAGCGAAAGCCAUCCAUAGAGAUUUUAUGCAAUAACCAGGUUCUGUCACCAGAGAUGAGUUUGGCAACUGUGAGAGCUUAUAUAUGGAAGAAGCCUGAAGAUUUGGUCCUCAAUUACAGAGUGGUUCAAACCAGAUGAUUGUGCAAACUCCGUGACAAGGUUAGAACACCUUAUGCUCUCCUUCAUGCAAAGCAAUGAAUGAGCGAGGAUCAACAAAGAGCCAGUAAUUGCUGAGCUGUACAGUUCCAAGUAUAUUGAUUUUUCAACGCGGGAACUGUAUGCGCAAAUAAUGAAGUUCAGAGUCUAUACCAAUUGUGAUGCGUUCGGUUUUGAAGCUCCCGAUGACGAUGCUUUGCAUAUUUAUGAUUCACUUCUACAACUUAAACUUUCUAUUUAUUGAAGUCCUGGAGAAGCAUCCCGGCAAACCUAGUUGAGGUGAGAGUUGCUUGGGAGGACUGGAUAAAAUUAGUGACAAUGUUGAAAUCAAAUGUUAGGUGUGAAUUAUGUCUUCGCACUUGGAACCUUCAGAGGCAUGUUCCUCAUAAUAAAUACAUAACUUGAUGCAUAUAUAUAUAUAUAUAUUUCCUU